UUCUGGACAAGUUCUACAUGGAAUUCGUGGAUCGAGUGUCUAUGGGUUGAAGUUGGCAUGCAGUUCGCUAGGAGGUGGAGAGUGUUUUUCACUCGACUUGAAAACCAUCACAGGCUCAACCCUCACAGCCCUAGUCAUAUCUGGUUGCUCCAGACUCUGUUCCUCAAUGAAAUCAAUCAAGAUUGUUUGGAUUUCUGGGCGGAAUGGAAUUGUCAUCCGAUAUGUGGUCCUGACACCAAUGAUAAGAGCCCUAAGGUAAAUGCGUCGUUUUACAUUUAUGUGACACUGACAAAUUAUCUCAUUGUGACCCAGGAUUUACGUUUCUUAGGUCAAAUCCAGUUCAGGGUGUAUCAUGAUGACUGCGAAGGGGUCCACCCUGACAUGAUUGAAGAACACUAUGGGGUACAUGGCCCUACUAUGACUCGACGACAACAUCAGAGUGGAGUGGGGCAUCCAAUUGAUGAAGAAGAAAGUGAUAAUGAAGAGGAGCCUCUAACUAUGGUACAGGCUAUCAACGAUCAACAAUGA